AUGUGUAAUGCACGAUUACAAACUAGAAAUGGCGAAGCGAUAAAAAAAGUGAACAUACGCACUCAUGGAGCUUCGGCAGCAGAUAAAGAAGCUGUGCAAGUAGUAACAGCCGAUAAAAGACGCGCUGAUGUGCAACUGAAGGAACAAUUCAGAGAAAAUUAUAUAGAAAAUUAUAAAGAAAAUUAUAUAGAAAAUUAUAAAGAAAAUUAUAAAGAAAAUUAUAAAGAAAAUUAUAAAGAAAAUUAUAAAGAAAAUUAUAAAGAAAAUUAUAAAGAAAAUUAUAAAGAAAAUUAUAAAGAAAAUUAUAAAGAAAAUUAUAAAGAAAAUUAUAAAGAAAAUUAUAAAGAAAAUUAUAAAGAAAAUUAUAAAGAAAAUUAUAAAGAAAAUUAUAAAGAAAAUUAUAAAGAAAAUUAUAAAGAAAAUUAUAAAGAAAAUUAUAAAGAAAAUUAUAAAGAAAAUUAUAAAGAAAAUUAUAAAGAAAAUUAUAAAGAAAAUUAUAAAGAAAAUUAUAAAGAAAAUUAUAAAGAAAAUUAUAAAGAAAAUUAUAAAGAAAAUUAUACAGAAAAUUAUACAGAAAAUUAUAAAGAAAAUUAG